GAUCGUCGACCGCUCUGCUGACCGAGUCGCCGCUCUCCUCAUCUCGCACGCAUUUAAAUCGCCCGUUGCGCCUUCGUCCUUUUCUCGCUACUCGAGCGACAAGAGCUUGCGCGCUUUUACGAGGCGCCGUCACGCGCGUCGCGUCCGAAUGCAAAUAGACGAGGAUGCGCUUGUCGUCCGACGGGAGGCUCGAGCGCUGGCGGAAUGCCAGGUCGAGCCGAUAAACUGCCGAAUAGCGGCGCACGGAUGAUUGUCCGACCGCUGCGCCUUGGAAGUGUUUGAAAUAUCUGACAGUUCUGGCCGCCGCAUUCCAAGUUCAAGAUUUCCUUCAAACAAAUUAGCCUCAAUGACCAUAUUGAACGGCAUUCAAGGAUGAAAGGAUGGAUUCGUGCGGUUAUCGCGAUCUGCGUCCUCCUAUGGUUCACGGGUGUCUCUGCUCAGAAAGUCUGGAACGCCAUUGGAAAUGGCGGUGAUACAGAGGCAGCCGAUAAAUCGAUUCUCGAUGAAUCGUUUUACUCUUGGUCUGGACCUAAUGCAUUGGCUAGAUCAACACUACUCGAACGCCAAGAGCAGCUCCAGUAUAAAUGUGAUCAAAUGACGAAGGAUAAGAUACUGGAAAAGAUCCAAGAUCCCGAAGCAUUCCGUAAUCUUCUAGUCGAUGAGAAGCAUAAAUUACUUUAUUGUUACGUACCAAAGGUGGCCUGCACAAACUGGAAGCGUGUAUUAAUGGUCGCAACAGGCAUAUGGAAAGGAAGUUCACCAUUGGAUAUUCCAGCAGAUUUGGCUCAUUCCUCGGGAACUUUCAAACGCCUAAGCAACUACACAAUGCCGGAGAUAGAAAAAAAACUGAUAGCAUACAAUAAACUCAUAGUUGUUAGACAUCCACUAGAACGACUCGUUUCCGCUUACAGGAAUAAAUUUGAAGCUAAAAAUGAAAAGAGCUCCAUGUACUUUCAGUCGCGUUUCGGCAGAAAAAUAAUUAAGAAAUAUAGAAACAAUGCCACUGAAGAAUCAUUACUAAAAGGAGACGAUGUUACAUUUGGAGAAUUUAUUGAUUUCAUAACGGAUAAUAAUGAAAAUUUUAUACGAAAUGAACAUUGGAAAUCUAUUUCGGAAUUGUGCCAUCCUUGUCUUGUAAAUUAUAAUCUUGUUAGUAAAUACGAAACUUUAAUGGAAGAUGCAACGGAAAUUUUGGAACGAAUUAACGCAAGUUCAAUAUUAUUUCCGAUACGACCACAGAAUAGUGAACCAACGGCAAAAAUAUUGGACAAGUAUUAUUCAACAUUAAGUUUGAACCAAUUACGUAAUUUAUCUAAGUUUUAUCGGUUAGAUUUUUAUUUAUUUGAUUAUUCUUUAGAAGAUGUUCUCGGCUUUUCAAUAGCUUAAAGCAAAUAUGCAGUCAACUUUGCUUAAGAAUAUAUUUAUAUGUGCUUGCGCGUGUGCGUGUGUGCGUGCGCGCGCGUAUAC